AUGAGACGAUACAUGAGCAAGCUACAGGUAAUAAUUAGCAAUAAAUAUCUGUUUUUCCAGGAAUUACAUUUAAAUGUCAAUAUUCUACGAAUGCUAACUCUUAAUUUUGAUGAAAUUCCCGAAGUCUGUGCUUCAGACCUUUCAAAGCUUUCUUUAAUCGAAGAGCUAUUUAUUCAUUCAAUGACUGUAUACUAUUCAGAAGGAGAAAUUUAUAUAUCAAGGAACUUGGCGAAUAUUUCCAACGUUAAACUUAAUUUAAAAAAAUGUGUUCUUCAAAUUUGUGGGUUCUCUCGUCGUCUUAGAUUCAUUCCUAUGACUUCUCAGCAUACUUUUCCAAUUAUCAGUGAGAUUAGAUUUGACAAUAAUUAUGAUCCUCUUAGUAUCAAAGAUUUAAUUACUCCCAUUCGUUUCCCAAAUAUUAAGACUACUACGUUCCCUAUGUCUGCCCAAGUUUUCAAUUUAAAUUGGGAAUACCUAUCUUCAGUAACUAUAAAUACUUAUUGGGCUGCUAGUUUACCACUAAAUAAAAAUGUUUUUGAUUCUGUUCCUUUUUUGCCAAAUGUUACAAAAGUGUCUUUAGAAAUUGAUCCGUUUUUUCUAAAUGGUGAAAAAGGCGUUGUUCUUUACUCCUAUUUGGAGUAUCAUUGCAAGUCUUUGGCUCUCAAAAGACUUGAUAAACUCACAGACGACUAUGCUGACAGUAAUUCCAAGUUAAAAGAACUUUUAAAUGAAUAUAAUACAACUGCUACUCCCCCGUUAGAAGAGUUUGAAAUGGAAAAAAUUUCAACUGCUAUUAAAAGCUUAGCAUUUAAUCAUAUGGAUAACGACUAUGCACAAUUAGACUUGAAGGAGAUGUUUGAUCAGUUUAAUGGAUUUUUUGGUAGUUUACGGCUUGUGAAUUCAUUUUUAAGUGAAAUGGAGAAAAAACUUCCAUCAACGCAAUAUCUUUUAAUACAGGACGUGAAAAAGUAUAGUUUCUUUUAUCCAUUGACCAACUUGAUCAAUUUAUGCUUUGACCAAAAGAAUCUUUUGCAAAUUUUAAUUAAAUAUCCAGUCCCUGAAAAAAAGAAACGGGAAAUAGAAAGUGAAGGGUUUGAUUUCAAAUUUGACUGGUUAAAGCCAAUUCCUUGGACUUAUCAAAAGGUUGAUAAUAAUGAAUCUUCUAUUUGCAUUGAUGUUGGUAAAAGAAGGAAUUUUUCUCAAGAAUUGAUAAGUAUUCCGGAUCAAUAUUACCCUAAUAUAGAUGAGUUGGAUUUUAAUGGAUGGGUAUAA